ACAGGCCCAAAUUCCACACUCUAAAUGGCUUAGGGUUUAUUCAAAUCUAGUUGUAUUAAACACAUCUCUGCAAAAGUUUCCGACUUCUUCAGCCGCGUAGCUUCUGACAAUGGUGCACGUUAGUUUUUACCGCAACUAUGGUAAGACAUUUAAGAAGCCUCGCCGGCCUUAUGAGAAGGAGCGAUUGGAUGCGGAGCUCAAGCUUGUUGGAGAGUAUGGGCUCAGGUGCAAGAGGGAGCUUUGGAGGGUGCAAUAUGCUCUGAGUCGCAUCCGAAACAAUGCUAGGAACCUUCUCACCCUUGAUGAGAAGGAUCCCCGGCGUAUCUUUGAAGGUGAGGCCCUUCUUCGCAGGAUGAACAGGUAUGGGCUUUUGGAUGAAAGCCAAAACAAGCUUGAUUACGUGCUGUCCCUCACUGUGGAGAACUUUCUCGAACGCCGCCUUCAGACUCUUGUGUUCAAGGCUGGAAUGGCCAAGUCGAUUCAUCACGCCCGUGUGCUCAUCAGACAGAGGCAUAUUAGGGUGGGAAGACAAGUUGUUAACGUGGCGUCCUUUCUCGUGAGAGUCGAUUCACAGAAACAUAUUGACUUCUCACUGACUAGUCCCUUUGGUGGUGGUCGUGCUGGUAGAGUCAAGCGAAAGAAUCAGAAAGCCGCAGCCAAGAAAGCUGGUGGUGGUGGUGAUGAAGAAGAUGAUGAAGAAUAAGCGUAUUGUUUGUAACUUUUCAUUGCUCUUUAUGAAUGAAUACCUCUUGUUUUCUUUUUGAUGCUCUGUUUGUCACUUCUUUUCUUAGUAUGAGAUUUUAGCAAACGUUUUUGUUGUUUAAGUUGCAAGAAUGAAAUUGAACAUGAACAUGAUAUUUCCAGCUCUUGUAUGCUAUUAAUAUCAAUAUCAGUUACAUCA